GUUGGUAGCCCCCAAAGGGCUGGGCCUUCCAAGCAUGGCUUUAGCUGACUCAGAGAAGGUGCUUGGUUGCUAUGCAAGAGCCAUGGUGAUUCCUCAUAGACUUUUACAAGGCCUUCAGCGGCAGCGAGGGAUUCUACAGAGAGAUGAGCAUGGUGGCUAUAAACUGCUCGGCUCUGCAGGGAACGCCAGCUGUAGAAGAAUCCCAAGAAAAAUGAAGACAUGGCUGAAGUGGUUGCUAGGUAUACUCAUGGGGGCAGUGGUGGUUACUGUCGUGGCUGUUCCUGUGGCUCUACUUGCAACCAAAGGAAAGGAAGAUACCCGCAAGACGUUUACACUGGAAGACUAUUUUGGCGAUGAGUACAGGGCCAAAUCUUUUGGCCUAAAGUGGGUUUCAGAAAAUGAGUUCCUCUUCAGGACCAAAGACAAUGUGCUCAUUUAUAAUGUUGACAAUGAGAAAACAACUGAAAUGAUUUCCAACACCACCAUAUACAACAGCAAUUCUUCAUUUUAUACCCUGUCCGAUAACCGAAAUUAUGCAUUGCUGCAGUACAACUAUGAGAAGCUAUGGAGGCAUUCCUACACAGCUUCUUACCAUAUCUAUGACACUGUAAAAGGAGAAAUUGUGACCGCAAAUGUACUUCCCAACCAAAUUCAGUAUAUAACUUGGUCUCCCGUUGGUAAUAAACUGGCCUACGUGUGGGAAAAUAACAUUUAUAUUAAAGAGACCCCCGGGGGAAGCAGUAUCCAGAUCACCACCAACGGAGAGCACAAUAAAAUUUUAAAUGGAAUUCCAGAUUGGGUGUAUGAAGAGGAAAUGUUUUCUACUAAUUAUGCUUUAUGGUGGUCACCGGAUGCAGCGUCUCUGGCCUAUGUUGAAUUCAAUGAUACUGAUGUACCGGCCAUAGAAUAUUCUUUUUAUGGAGAAGAUUCUGAUCAGUAUCCAAAAACAGUUGUUAUCCCAUAUCCGAAGGCAGGAGCUAAAAACCCCACCGUGAGACUGUUUGUUGUGAACACCGCGUCUCUUCCAGCUUUCAAUUCUGUGGAAAUUCCUCCACCGGCAGAACUACGAACUAUUGACUACUACAUUAAUGGAAUGAACUGGGUGACGAACGGUAAGAUGGCAGUUCAGUGGCUUAGAAGGAUCCAGAAUGUUUCGUUGCUUACAGUGUGCGACUUUGCAGCUCCAGCAUGGAACUGUCAACCACCAGUUUAUGAACAAAGUACCACAGGCUGGGUUGGAUAUUUCCAACCUUCCUCUCCAUACUUUACCCAAGAUGGCCAGAAAUACUACAAGGUUAUUAGCAACAAAGAAGGCUUCAAACAUAUCCAUUUGUUUGAGGGAGCCAAGGAACCAGUUGCUAUAACAAGUGGGAAAUGGGAAGUCACCAGCAUAACCACUGUAGCCAGCAACCUCUUGUACUACAUAAGCAAUGAGGGCUUCCCUGGAAGAAGACAACUUUAUAAGAUAAGACUGGAUGGGGGCUCAAACAGCGCUCAAUGUGUCACCUGCAACAUCCGGCAAGAGAGAUGCCAGCAAUACUCUGCGUACUUCAGCAAAGACUCCAAGUACUAUGCUCUGAACUGCAAUGGUCCAGGAGUUCCUAUUUACACUCUCUACAACAGCAGCAAUGAUAAAGAAAUGCACAUUAUGGAAGAUAAUGAAGAACUGAAACUUCUGCUGGAUGAGGUUCAGAUGCCCACAAAAGAAAAUAAAUCUAUCAUAAUAGAUGGCUUUGAAUUGUGGUAUCAGCUGACCUUACCCCCAAACUUUGAUAAAUCAAAGAAAUACCCUUUGCUGAUUGAUGUAUACGGUGGGCCGUGCAGUCAGAAGGUAGAUCAAUAUUUCCGGCUGAACUGGGCUACAUACCUGGCGAGCACAGAAAAGAUUAUUGUGGCCAGUUUUGAUGGAAGAGGGAGUGGCUACCAAGGUGAUAAAAUCAUGCACCAAUUAUAUCAUAAACUUGGGACUCUGGAGGUCCAAGAUCAGAUUGCAGCGGCAAGGUAUUUUAUAACCUUGGGCUUUGUGGAUCCAAAGAGAAUAGCUAUUUGGGGAUGGUCUUAUGGUGGCUAUGUAACAUCUAUGGUACUUGGAAGCGGAAGUGGAUUAUUUAAGUGUGGGAUCGCUGUGGCCCCAGUAUCAAGUUGGGAGUAUUAUGAUUCUAUUUAUACAGAAAGGUAUAUGGGCCUUCCUACACCAGAAGAUAAUCUUGAGAAUUAUUUGAGUUCAACAGUCAUGGCUAGAGCACAGAAGUUUAAGGAUGUUGAGUAUCUUCUGAUACACGGCACAGCAGAUGAUAAUGUCCAUUUCCAACAGGCUGCUCACAUUUCAAAGGCUCUCGUUGAUGCACAGGUGGACUUUGACACUAUGUGGUACACAGACAAAGAUCAUGGAAUUGGAGGAACAGCAAACAGACAUAUCUACACCCACAUGAGCCAUUAUCUAAAACAGUGUUUUAACAUCCAGUAGAGGCACAGAAGGGCAUCUCACCAGUCACAAACUGUUCUUGGUCAUUCAACUGUGAGUCUGGGCAAAGCAGAACGUUCACUGAAGUGAGAAAAUCUCGAACUGCCUCUCCAAACUGCUGUAUUUGGUGCAAAUUGGUGCUUGAUAUCUUUCGAAUGAAACAGAUGUACCCACCUCCACUGGCACUGCAAUCAGGGAGUUUUAUUUACUCUAUUCUAUUGUUUAAAAUUAGGCACCUGAAAUAAAACCCUAAAAUUUGAUGGGGGAUAUUAGUAAGCUGCAUAAAGGGUACAAUGGAUACAACUCUAUAAAACAAACUGGGUCGUUCAUUUGUGUUGGCUUUAUAACAUAAUACAUAUACAAAGAAUACAAUCAUUAAAUAAAGUUUAUUUUUUAUGUCUUGCCCCAUUUUGGUUUGUUUAUACCAUUUACUACAUUCCCCCAAAACUAAACAGUUGAUUAUGUAAUAAGGUCCAGUGCCCCCAUAAUAACCAGUCAGGCAUUUGCUUUCAUCAUUCAAUAAGCCCAGAAUGGUCAGUCACUAACUGCAUUGGGUUAUUUGGGUUGCGCUACAGUUAGAUUAUUGGAAAGGGGCAAAUGCAGCUUUGUAUACUACAUAAACCUCUUAGCGAAUUGCAAUCAAAUACUCAAAAGUUGGUUGUGCAUAGUCCUCUGAAUAUAGAGUUAUAUUUUAACUAUUUACCAAAACAACUGCACUAUGCAACAAAGACUACUCUAUAAUGUUAAAUGUUUUUAUCUGCUAAUUUAUGGGGAGGUUUUAUCAUAAAUAACUCUGCCUUGCAUUAGUCUUUAUUGUGUAACUCUUUUCUCUUGUUAUGGCUGCUAUUUUAUGCAUUUUAAUUUCUCUUCAUUGUAGGAAGAACAGCUAUUUAGUGAGAAGCUUGUUAUACUGGUGGUUAAUAUUCUAUCAUUAGGCUGUUGAUCCUUAUCCUUAUUCCUUGGAUUAGAUGGUGCAAGAGAACCUAAAUGUCUGUGCAAAUCUAGUAGAAUAUAAGAUAAAUAUGCCUAGCAGUUAUUCAUUAAAACUUGUAUAUCAGGGAUGUUAAACUACAACUGCCAUCCUUCUGCAGCAGAAAUAUGUUGUGGUAUGUACAGGGUUAGGGUUGGACCCAGACCCGAUCCCCGCCAGCGUUCCCCCGAUUAUUCCUAGUUAAGUUUGAGAUAUGCACACUCGGGGAGGGGUGUGUGUGGGUGGCAGGGCCCCUGGGAAUGUAGAUGUCUGUAGUUUAGCAAAGCUUAUGUACCAUAAAUUAAUAGGUUCUACACCAGAACAUCAAAGGGGUAAUUUAUAACCCCGGGGGGGUGCUAGAGCACUAAGGGGCACAAAAGCAUGCCCCUUAGUGCCCAUUCAGUAUUCAGUUCAAAGCUCAGUCUGUAGGUCUCUGCACUCCAAAACAGAGUGUGCACAAUUCCCCACACAGUGGGCAAGGUACCACAAAAAAUGGCCUUUUUUGCACACUGUGUGGGGCAUUGGACAUGAGCCCUCAUGUGAUAUGUGAACUACUUUAGUGACCAAGCCAAUUAUCAAAUAGACUGCCUUGGUUUGUACUUGAACUAAGCUAGCCCUAUUUUGUAGGCGCUCUGGUAUAACUAUGGCAAAGUUCUUCAAGCCCUACAAGAAGAAAGUAGGACCAGUUCUAUCAAGAAUUGACUCCAAUCACAAAUUUCACUGCCAAUGCAAAUUCUCAGAUUGUAGGAUGGUCUGUCCAAACUGACCCCCAUGGUAACAUACAUACUCAUGUAAUACUUGAAGAUGUAUGUCACCAUGUUGGCCAAACUUCCUGACUGGACUGUAUGGCUGGCAUAAGGUGAUUUACACAUUCACCAGUGUGACUAAUUUUUUCAUCUAUGUUCUCUUUCUGAUAGUCCAAGAACAUGCACUCCUGGUGUCUCCUAAGGACACGUUUCAAUAAGCAAAUCUAUAAUUCCAUUAUACGUCUGGUCCCUCAGCUUGAUUAUUGCAGGUUAAUUUAGAUCACUGAGAUCCUAACUGGAUAUUGAUCGCUUGAUCCUCUCGUUGAGAUGCAGAACAGAACUCUGUGCCACUUUAUCCAAAAUAAUUAGCAUUUAACUGAGCAUCCGGUGUUCCUCCAUUGAUGCUUAAUGCUCAUAGAAUAUAGCGCUACUGUGUGAAACCUGUCAUUAUGCUGUUGGUUGCAGUUGCUAGGUACAUGGGAUGCAAUGACGCCAAAUGCUGCGCCGCCACCAAGAAAUGUCUGUUUUCUUUGUUAACACUAAAUUACUUCUUGUACUCAAAGUUCCAGCAUGUUAAAUUAACCUAGUCCCCUACCUGUAAUUGCCCAUUAUACCAACUGGAAGGUAAAGCACACCGGGAAACAUCAAACUGUUCUGAAUAAAAUUAUUUGAACACAAUUGUUUUCUGAGCUUAAAAAUGCUUCACAUUUUUAUUAAUACAUGGUUUACCUCAAAUUGUUUUACAUUUGGAUCUCAUGUAAACGUGUGCUGCUAAACAGUGUAAUAAAAUAUUAAAUAUCAAACAAUGGCUUUUAUUUUA